AUGAGAAAGUUUCUAAGUCGCCGCGACAAGAGACGAAGUCUUUCUGGUGAAGGAAAAUCCGAUAAGGCCCUCGACAAUCACGAUUCUGAUGCUGGAGCUGAACUUGAGUGUGUCCAAGAGGAUACGGCCUCAAUCUUUGGCUCUUCCUCUUAUCUAUCCAAGAGGGCCUCUAUGCUCACAGACAGCUUCAAAUUUACAAAGACUGAGGAUCACGAUCGUGAACGCGUUGCAGGCCGCACUUCUGGCCAAGAUCGAGACCUGAAUUUUGGCCGCCAUCAGGGAAAUGAAGGACGGCAUUUCACUAGCCAUGCUUCUGGUUCCGUUUCUGAUACUCCUCACCAUAAAGCUCAUAUUCUGCAUUCAUUGUCUUCAAAAAGAUCAUCUACCUCAUUGUAUCUUCAUAGUCAGCAGCAACAACAACAGCAUAAUGUCCAGAGCUUGGUCAUUCCUGAUUGGGAUACUAGCCUCAUUAAGACAGGCUGGCUUAAUGUUGUCAAUGAAGAUUCAUCCGAUGAUAAACUAAAGCUUUGUCGUGCUGAAUUGAAAGGUUCUACUUUAUUUGUAUAUAGAAGUCCUCAGGAAUUGGCCUCCACCUCUCACUUUAUUGCAGGUCAACGUGGUGAUGACAAGGACCCUGAAUCCAGCUCGUUCUCCCAAGAUUAUCAAGCUAAUUUGAUGAACCUUUCUGGUUCCCAACAGCAACAGCAACAGCAAUUAGACUCUGUGAAUAACAUGUCUACUGACACCCCCAUCUCUAUUGAUAGUUCAAGAGCUGAUAAUGAAAUGUCUCAGAUAUCGCCCUCUAAUACAUCUGAAAGUAUUGCAUCUAUCAUCACCCCGGACUCUGCUCAAUUAAACGACCAACUUCAAAAGCUAUGCUUAGUAGAUGCAGCUCUCGACGAUAGCCUGCUGGCUGCUGGCAACCUUAUCCAAGCCAUCAGAGGGCAGAAAGGUACAGAGGAGAACUUUCGUGGCACACCUGUUUAUAAUUACAAUACUUCGAAACCUGUGGUCGCCGAUCCUGAAGUAGGUCACACUUUCUCUGAUUUUACUGAUAUUACCUAUCCUUACUGCCGUUGUCCUCACCCAGAUCUUCAGUUUGAGGAUAAAACUGGUGUUAUUUUGGGCGGCACCAUUGAGAGUUUGUGUCAUACAAUUGUUUUCUAUCCUUCAGAAGACGUCGCAGAGAAACUAAUUCGCAUUCUCCCUAUGGUGACAGAUAUCGCCACACCUCUUGCAUUAUUUCAACUCUACUUGAGACUUUUCGCCUCUAUUUCUCAAAACCAAGAUGAAGCAGACAAUCAGACACAAAGUAAUUCUGACAAUUCCAGUUCGAAUAGAGCUUUUAUACCAAUGGAGACUAGAGAUUUCAUGAUAAAGAGAAUUUCCCGUUGCUUGAAAGUGAUUGCGAAAGAUUUCUCCGGAAUGCUUUUAGACGAUUCCAUUCUACGCAGUAUCUGGAACGUAAUGAUGGCGCUUGACGAUGUCAGCGAUUGUAACGACUUGAAAACGACUAUUCAUGAGCAGCAAAAGUCUCUACGCAUGCUCCUUCAAUUUGAAAAUACUACUGAUACCCUAUCCUUGUCCAUAUUUACUGCCGAUUAUUUCAUGUCUGCUCCUUUAGAAAGUUUGGCUUUCGAAAUCAAUGCUUUAGAUCACAAGUUUUUGAAAGCUUGGAAUGCUAGGGACGAUCGAUCUUUGACACUGGAUAGAGUUCACCAGUCUUUUGAGUACUGGAGGAAGAAUUUCUUGGUAUUUGAUGCUAUUCACAACAUUCAUUACUUGGGAAGACUAAUAUGCUACCAGUUAUUUGAAGAUCCAGAAACAGAGAACGACGCAUCAAGCAGAGCACAUAUUCUGGAGAAGUGGAUUCUCCUUGGAGAGUUACUUUACAGACAGGGAAAUAUGUCAAGUUGGUUAGGUAUAUCCACGUUCAUGUGUUCCGUUCCAAUUCUAAGACUACGUGAUACCUGGGGGAAGAUUGACAAUAAAAUUGUCGACCUUGUAAGAAAGUCAUGGGCUCCAAUUAUAUUUGAGGUUCGUCAACGAAGGUCUCAGCAGGCUCGUGUUGGUUUGUAUCGUGUUUUAGUACCAGCAGGAAUAGGUCGUAACUAUGCCAAAGAGGAUGUUAUUCCAUACUAUGGUGAUAUUUACUUUCAAAAGCCGCUAAAGUUGCCCGAAGACUAUGUGAAGUCCUUUUGUGCGUUCUCUCAAAAGGCUGAUUACUCAAUAGCCAAAUGGGACGAGUUUUACCAAGGCGUUACAAAUUCUGAUUCGGUGAGACUUUCCAAUGCCAGCAAAGGUAUGUGUGGAUCUGUGGAUAUUUCUAUUGCCCAGAAAUUGAGAUUUGUGGUUAAUUACACGGUAAAAAAUAAGCCAUUUUCUCUUUCAGAUGCUAUGUCUCUAUCACUUGGCGUGGAAAAGCCCAGCGAGGGCCAGUACUUCAAGUAUCAUAACAGAUCAAGAAGCCCCCUUUUCUUGGGUUCGUAUGCCUCAAUAUUGUUUCCUAAAAUUCUAGAUGCCUAUGAAAUUUAUGAUAGGAAGUCGUUGAUCGGAGCCAUCGGAGGUGUUGGCCUUACCCAGAGUGUUCUUAGAAAUAGUGCUUAUAAUAUUUCGAAUCUUAUGAAACAUGGCGGUCAUAGCUUGGUUUCCUCAAAGAGUAUGAAUAGAAACACUUUCCUCAAGCAUAUUCGUGACGUUUUUAAUAUUGACACUUUUGAGUUCAAGGAGACUGACGAUACCAUCAUGUUUAAGACUGUACUUGAUUCUUUGGAACAAGAACGUAAGGUUUCCAAGCAUACUAGCAAAUCGCGUCCCUCAAGCAUACUUUUCGGGGAGAAUAUCAGCGUCAAAAGAUUUAGUAGCUAUUCUACGAGUAGCUUUAAUCUUGAUGAUUUUGUUAAUUCCUAUCAUUCUUUUGUCAGGGAGUCAAGCGACGGUGAUGGUGAAAGUGUUGCUGUCGUCCAACCAUUGGAGUCUCCUGUCAUUGCUUCAUCUUCCAGAAGUAGCGCAGAAGCAUCCGCCAGAAAACUGCUUACACAAGGAGAACAGCUGGUGUCCAUAGUAGCAGAGGCAGCAACUUCUGAAAGACUAUUGGAUCUGUUGGUACUCACAUCGUCCAUAUUCAGUUCCAAAAUAAAGGAAGAGGACGUCAAAAGAUUUGCUGAAAUAUCGUGUGCCAAUGGCAGAUCUUUUUUGCUUAGAAUGGACCAGGGUGCAUUCACAGUGACGUUUUUUGCCGUUUAUAGAUGCUUCAUGUCCCCUUAUGAACUGAUCAGCGGAUUGCAAAAACGGUUUGCCGGUUCUAAAAGGUGUUCUAUUUCAAUAGCGUCAAAGGCCUUGGGGUCUUCCUCCACUAUUUUCCCUGAAUGGAGUCCUACUGUUACCGGAGACACAGUCAAAAAUAUCAACUGGAAGUUUGUUGCUCAGAUUGAGUUGGGGGUAGUGGAGAGCCUCCUUGCAUUGUUUCAGCAUUAUUAUAAGCAUCUUUUGGAUGAUAUGGAGACUAGGGAAGCCAUCGAGUCUCUCUUUGAGUGUAUUGGUCACGAGUUGGACGUCACUUUACCAUCUGCGCUUAAGGACAUGAGGAGCCAAGAUGAGCCAGAUCGUGAGUCCAUUAACGCCAUUGAAAAAUGUGUCAGAACCAUCAUACAGUCUUACAAGGAUUCUAAAGAGUACUAUGUUAAGAACUGCUAUACACCCCUGGUGGAUCCUUUGCCACUAAGGUUCACUUCUGAUCUUUCUAUUAUUCCUGCAGACAAGAUUUUAGCCCGCUAUAAUGAUACUAAGGCAUUAUCCCGGUUUGUCGAUGGUAUUGAUGAGACCAUUAGACGUAUCAUGUCAAGUAUUAUUGUUGAGGAUUGGAUUGAGACUUUUCAAAUUCUGGAGGUUCUUACAGCUAAGUCAACUUUAAGUUUGUUCAACUAUGAUGUUCAGUCUUUGGAUACAAGUUCACCUCUUUUGGUUGUUUCCAACAUCUAUCAUUGGAUCGCUACUUUGGUUGAUAUUGAAUCGUCAACCUCGUCAAAGUUGUCCUUUGUCGUAGACAAGUUCCCCUCAUCUGUGAGAUCAAUGUUACGAUUCUAUUUCAAGCUUAAAAACUACUUUACUGUGCAGCUUAUCGAUCCGUCAAUCAAUUUUGAGCAUAGAAUUGAGAGAAUGGCAGCUGUAUUGAAGCUGCUCGUUAUUUCCCGUAUUAAGAUGAGAGAGCUGGAACUUUUCAGUCCUGAUGAAACGGAUACGGACAUAUCACCUAGAGUUCCCUCGCUUAUUGAAUCGUGUUUAGUAAACACUAUCCUAUCUCCGGAGUGCCGGUUCUUCUCCUUUGACUGGUGUCAAGCCUCGAAAUUGCUCAGCCCAAGCAAAGAAUUGGACCAAUGUCAUACCUACUUGGAUGACUUGCUUCCGGAUGAGAAGGAUAUAUCCGCAGAGAUUUCACUUCAAAGCCAUUUGACUCCAUGUCCAGGGUGGAUUUUACAAAGUCUUCUUGAAAUCACAUGUUUCAUUCCUAACAUGUACGUGCAGAAUACCAGCCUUAUAAACUUCGACAAAGAUCGGUUUGCCUACAAUUGUGUUGUCAACAUUAUGGACCUUGUUCCUAAAACGACGGAGAACCUGGACAAAGAGUCACUGUUUAGCUUUUUGCUUGACUUUAAGAUACGCAAACCGGCUUUGAAAGAGGUCUACGAGACCUUUUUAAAGGAAAAGGAAGCCGAAGGUUAUGAGGAAGUGAGCACAUUUCUUGAGUCACAUCUAAAUGAACAGCGGCAGUUGAUGAAAGUUGAAGACGAAAAGAAGAAUUUGCUUUUAAAGCAAAAACCUACUUAUAUGACCGAACUUCCCCUUCCAUCAUCGAUACCAUCCAGUUCUGUUUCUUCUGGUGCCAUUGUGGAUACACCUAAGACCACCCUCGGAGCCUCUAAGCGUAAUGGAGCGUUUUCAACCUCUGCUAUGUCCUCUGAAAGUACGUUGGUGCUGCAUAGGACACGUUCCGCGGUGAGCAUUCGAAGUGAAAGCUCAGGCUCGAGUAAAAUAUCCCGAUUUAAAUUCUCUGGCUUGUUCAGCAGAGCAUCGAAAGGAUUGAAUAUAGGCCACGGUAGCAAUUCCCAGCAAGUUGUGGAAAAGAGUCCUUGUUCAUUUUUAGAAUUACCACCUGCUGAUAAUUUUGUUAGGGGUCACAAGGCCAAAAUAUUGUAUACUUUGAACCUCAAGGACUCGUCUGCUUUCCCUACCUAUGUGACACCGUACAGUUUCAAGAUCGAUUUUGGUAACGGAAGAUCUGAUGAAUAUUGUUUCCAAGCCACCGAUGAUUUGGAUAGAGAUGACUGGCUUAGGAAUAUAAAUUACUCUCAUAGGCACUGGUUCUUCUCUAAAGCUUUGAAUAAGUCUAGUAUGGGUGUGCAAGCCAAUAUGGUGUUUGGAGUUCCUCUCAAAUUUGUUUGCAUUAGAGAGAACAGACCUAUUCCUAAUAUCAUCGAAAAGAUCAUGAGUGAAAUCGAGUUCAGGGGACUUGAAGAAGUGGGUCUCUACAGAAGAAGCGCAUCGCUAGCUUCCAUUCAGAAAAUUAAAGAUAAGAUCAACCGGUUCGGAGAUUUCAAUAUGGAAGAUCAGCUUGUCUUCGACGUUCAUAAUUUGACAGGAUGCAUCAAGUCAUAUUUGAGAGAGCUGCCAGAUCCUUUGAUUGGCGAUAGUAGUAUUGGCAAGUUUACUGAAGUAAAAGAGCUUUCUAAAGAUGAUAAACGGUUCGACGUAUACAGAGAGAUUUUUUGUGAGUUACCUGUGUAUAACUACAAUCUUUUGGAGAGAUUAUUUCGUCACUUGAAACUUGUUGUUGACUACAAGCAAUGCAACAAGAUGACAUCUUCCAAUCUUGCCACGAUCUUGGGAGGCAGCCUUAUUGAAGGUUGUAAUCCGGAGAAUCUUCGAAAUUAUUUUGGUUUGAUGACGUUUGUAUGCGAAGACCUCAUUCUUAAUUACGACCGCAUUUUCUUGAACGCCGCUCGCCCUCAACAGAAGAAGAGUUCCUGA